UAUAAUGAGCAACAGACUCUGCAAGGCCGGAAGAGAGAGAGAGAGAGCAAAAGCAAACCAUGAAAAUUAAGAAACCUCUGGCUCUCUGUUCCGUAAUCGCUUCGCUACUUCUAUUAUCCCAUACGACGGCAGACUAUGGAGGCCGAAGCACGCGCAGCUCCAUUCUCUUCUACACGAAUGGUCGCUUCGGCCUUGAAUUCGACAUCUUCACUCUCCCGAUACAGUUCGAUUCCACGCCCAACUCCGGCAACGAGUUUCAGAUCACCGACGGCCGCUCCAUCAACUACAACGGCCACUUCCCAUCUAUGUUCUCGUCGUCGUCCAUCCUGCGCAACAAUCAAAUCCUCACCACAAACAAAGACUCGCCGCCGCCGAUCCACCUGAUCUACGUCUCCGAGCGGAAUGGAUCUUCGACUAUAUACCUCGACGCUGUCUACCAUGGCGGUCGUGAUCGGGACAGAAGAAGGUCAGCUCUCGAAGUUUCGAAUCGGGUUCAAGUCCCUUUGGUCGGGGAUCAACAAUCCAACGGUCUGAUUUCGAUGAAGGAUAGGCCCAGUUUGGUGGGUGAUCAUCUGAUAUACGCUUCGACUCAUGAAAACAUUGGUGCCCCACGGAUGAGUUGGACAGCGGUGUACUCGACUCACCUGCGGACCGGGUUGACUCGGAGAUUGACGCCUAAUGGGAUGACCGAUUUCAGUCCAGCCGUGUCGCCGUCGGAGACGUGGACGGCCGUGGCAUCGUAUGGAGACAGAGGGUGGAGUGGUGAAAUUCAAGAGCUGAGGACUGAUAUUUUUAUUUUCAGGACCGACGACGGCUCCGACCGGGUCAAGGUGGUAGAGCAAGGUGGGUGGCCGUGUUGGGUGGACGAUUCCACUCUAUACUUUCACAGGGUGAGUGACGAUGGCUGGUGGAGUGUCUACAGAGCAAUUUUUCCAAAAAGUGGCAAAAUCAGCGUUGACUCAGUGGUGACUCAGCGAGUCACUCCACCGGGCCUUCAUGCGUUCACUCCGGCGACUUCGCCGGCCAACAAGAGACUCAUUGCGGUGGCAACUAGGCGACCCGAUUCAGAGUAUCGCCAUAUAGAGCUAUUCGAUGUUGCUUCGAAACAAUUUUGGGAAGUCACUCGACCCGUUUCUCCCCAAGCCCAUCACUAUAACCCGUUUCUCUCCCCCGAUUUCAUUAGGGUUGGGUACCAUAGAUGUGGAGGGCAGAGAAAGGGGGGGAAAGAUACCCGAUUGUUACUUGAAAACCUCCACAGCCCACUACCUGAGGUAUCUGUUUUUCGCAUCGACGGAUCGUUUCCUUCUUUCUCGCCGGAGGGUGAUCGAAUUGCUUUUUUAGAUCUCCAAGGCCUUAAUGUCAUGAACCUGGACGGGUCGGGCCGUCACCGUGUCUAUUCCGGAACACUGUUCGGAACUGCAUGGGAUCCAGUAAGAAAAGGGGUAAUAUACACUAGCGCUGGACCCUAUUUUGCUCCCGUGGGCAACGAAGUAGACGUGAUAUCCAUCAACAUUGACGACGACAAAUUGAGCCACAAAAAGUUGACGGGGGGGACCGAGAACAACGCCUUCCCGUCACCUUCGCCAGACGGGAAGUGGCUUGUUUUCCGAUCGGGUCGGUCGGGUUACAAGAACCUGUACAUAAUGGACGCUGUAAAUGGAGAGAAGGGCGGGCUUUACAGGCUUACCGACGGGCCAUGGGAUGAUACGAUGGCAACCUGGUCCCCCGAUGGUGAUUGGAUUGCCUUCUCAUCGGAUCGGGAAAACCCGGGUUCUGGGAGUUUCGCAUUAUACAUGAUCCACCCGAAUGGAACGGGGCUCAAGAAGCUACUGGACAGCGGGUCGGGUGGACGAAUCAACCACCCGUGUUUUAGCCCAGACGGAAAUAGCAUCGUGUUUACAUCAGACUACGCCGCCUUGUCGGCCGAACCAAUCUCCAUCCCUUCUCAGAUGCAGGCCUUCGGCGAAAUCUUUACGAUAAGAUUGGACGGUUCUGGAUUGAGCAGAAUUACCCAUAACCCGUAUGAGGACGGGACGCCGACCUGGGGACCCGUUUCCAUGAGAGCAGCCGACGUGCAGCAAGCGGUUGAUGAAGAAUGCAACUUCAGCGACAGUUCUUGGCUCAGUGCCGCCAGGCCCUCCGCCGCAGUAAGAGGGCAGUGCAGUGGAAUAUCGGCAAGAAGCCAGUAACUAGUAAGGACUGUUUCGUAAUUAUCAGAAAGAAUUAUGUAAAGAAAGAGUCUCGAACUUUUAAUGUAUUUGUAUUGUAGUUGUAUUGUGUAGUGUAGUGUAGUGUAAUUGCGCUUGUGCCGUCGAGGCAUGUAAUUAAAAGUUUCUUCAGUUCCUAUAUAAAAACAGUCUCUAUUAGUUGUAUUUUGUAAAGUAUCAUCACAAAUUAAAUGGUUCAGAUAGCAUUUCCAUUGUGCAAUUGGAAGUUGAGCUGAGGAAAGAGAGAUCU